AUGGGGGUUUCUAGUCAUCUGGUCAAUCUAAUCUGGGAGAUGAUCUCCACUGUUGAUUUUAGAAUUCUCUUAGAAGGGAGGAAAAUUGGUUAUGUUUGUCCAGGGAGAGGGCUUUGCCAAGGAGAUCAUAUUUCUCCCUAUCUUUUUAUCUUUGUUUUAGAAGCUUUUCAUUCCAUGAUUCAAAGGAAAAUUAGUGAGGCUUCUAUCACUGAGACUCUUGUGCUUAGAAACAUUAUUGAUACUUUUGAUGAGGUCUCGGGCCAGACUUUGAACUAUUUCAAAUCCACCCUGACCUUUAGUAAAAAUGUUGCUAGUGAUGUUAAAGGGGUUAUUUAUGGGAUUAUAGGUAUGAGAGAGGGGAAUAUUAGUAGGAACUACUUAGGCUUACCUUCCUUGAUGGGUAGAAACAAGAGGGAGAUUUUGAGUUUCAUUAAGGAAAAGAUUUUGGGUAGAAUUAAGAGCUGGACAAACAGAUUUCUUUCAAGAGCGGGAAAGGAGAUACUCCUUAAAAAUGUCAUUCAAUCCAUGCCUAAUUAUGUCAUGAUUGUGUUUUUAAUUCCUGUAGAGAUGGGUAGAAAGAUAGAGCAUGCUAUGAAUGGUUUUUUGUGGGGUUACGACUUACGAGGGCUAAAGGAGUAG